UCCUACAAGAAGAAGAAGAAGAAGCCACUGUAACGAACACCGCUUCGAGCGCUGCACCAGCUGUCUUUAUACACCCACCUUCACAGUAUUCGUUUAGUCGCUGCGAAACGUUUUUGGAUAUCGUGGGAAAUUAACGUCAAUGUCCUGAUACAGAGACCGAUGGGAGACAAGGGUGCAGGACGAUGAGACAUUGAACGGUCCUUGACAUCAAGACGCAAAGGAACAGAAGGAUGAGCUCACUGCACAGACAGCUGAGUCAGCUCUGCGGGUCGUGGAGGUGGAGGUGGAGUAGGGUGGCGGUUUCUCUGUACCCAGCCACUGGCUUCCACUGCAGGACCUUCUGCUCCACUACCUCAGGACCAGCUGAAUCCAUAGAGAUUCACAAGAGGAAGCUCUUCCUGUGGUUCAGCCACCUUCCUCGGGAGGAAAAACAGUUUGGCGGGUGCUUCAGCCCCGAGACCAUGCAUGUGGAUCCACUGAUACUGGAAAGAAAAACUGAAGAGAAGGCAGGACUACUCAGUUCCGUGCUCCAAACCCAGCCCCCCUCCUGCCCCUCUGUGACUGUGCAACAGCUGUUUGAUCCCACUGAUGCCUGGAGGGAAGGUCGGGGGCUCAAUGUGCUGCUGUACGGGGCUGUGGGAACAGGCAAAAGUACAGUGGUCCGAAAGCUGGUCCUGGAUUGGUGCACAGGGACCACCCUGUCCCACUUCAAGCUGCUGGUUCCUUUCUCUUGUGAGGACCUUGGCCAACUGUCAAAAGUGGCUUCCUUAAGGGACCUGGUGAGCAGGAAGUACCUCCACCUGAGAAAACACCCCCUGCUGAGUGGGGAGGGAAACCAGGCCAAGGAUGUGCUCUUUGUCUUUAAUGGGAUGGAGAAGAUGAAACUGGACUUCCGAAUUGGAGCCACAGAGCUUUGCAGUGAUCCUAAUGAGGCGCUUCCUGCAGAUGUGGUGGUGGUGAACUUGCUGAGGAAAUAUCUCCUGCCCGAGGCCAGCAUCUUGGUUACCACCAGACUGUCUGCCCUGGACCGUAUCCCACAGAAGUAUGUGAGUCGCUAUGCACAGAUUUGUGGCUUCACUGACCCGGAGCGCCAGCGGGCCUACUUCACCAGCCGCCUGCUGCAGCAGAGUGGAAAGACUGCAUGUAACCAUGAGGCCCAGUCCGUCAUAGAGCUGCUUUACCUCAACCUUCAGAGACAAAGCCAGCUGGCUACAGCCUGCUUUCUCCCGUCCUACUGCUGGCUCACAUGUGCUACCUUACACUUCCUCCAUUUCACUGAUUCCAAGGAACCCAUCCGCACACUGACUGGCAUAUACACCAGCUUCCUUAGGCUCAACUUUGGAGGUGAGAUGCUGGGCACAGGGACAGGGACAAAUGUGCCUAUACAGGAGCACCAGAGUUCUCUGAUGUUGUAUGUAGUUCGUACAGUUGGGAAACUUGCUUUUGACGGUGUGACAUACAAACGCAUGUCAUUCUCAGAAAAGGAACUGGAGCAGUGGAUAGGAGGGAAGACCAAGACGGAUGAGGAGCUACAUCAGCUGGCCAUGUUCCGGACUGAUGUGCUAGACUUCUUUUUGGCUCCCAGUGUAGAAAGUGUUAAGCAUUUACCAGAAGAUCCCAGUGAGAGUGAUCAGAGGCGGUAUGUAUUUGCGGUCCCAGCCAUGCAGGAGUACCUAGCAGCUCUCUACGUGGUUCUCGGAGAGAACAAGUCGGCUCUGGAGAAGCUGACCAGUCAGGUGUCUGUGGUCAUUGGUCAGACAAGUGAGGAUGUCAAUGCCCUGUUUAACAUCCUUUCGAAGUUUAUCCCCCUCCGAAUAUUUGCUGUAUUCAACCUCCUUAAGCUUUUUCCGAAGCUCUUUGAGAAGAUCAGCAGUCUGAACAAAGGCAGCAUUGCUAAAACCAUGGCAGCUGAGAUGUUCCGCACAGAGGAUAGCUACAAUGAGGAUGUCCUGGAUCAGGUGGAGAAAAGCCUCCUGGGAGUCCAUGGCCCCCAGCCACAGCAGUACAGUAAAGGCCAGCCUUUUGAGCUCUACCCUAUCUUCAUGGGUGGACUGUUGCAUUAUGGGAACCGUGUCCUUCUCCAGCAACUUGGGUGCAGCAUUCAGAGCACCACUGUGGCCCAGAUCACACAUGUCCUUAGGAAGUACCUUGUCAGAGAGCUCAGCAAGCCACAGCCACCGGAGGAGCUGAUGGAUCUACUAGUCCUUCUGUAUGAGUUUCAGAACCCCAGACUGACUGCAGAGGUUCUGGCCUCAAUCAGAACCAUCCGCCUCAACAACAUUCGUAUGACGCCACUCAAAUGCUUUGUACUGAGUUCUGUGCUCUCAUGUACCCCUGCAAGUUAUCACCUUGAAGAGCUGGACCUGUCCUCCUGUCUCCUGACUCAUGAAAUGCUUCAGAUGCUAUGGCCGGCCUUCAGACACACACAAAACCUCAAUCUGCAGUUUAACAGCCUGGGUCCUGAGUCCUGCUUCCUCCUGAGAGAUCUGCUACUAGACCCCAAGAGCUCUAUUAAAUCUCUAAAACUGUGUGACAACCCUCUGCUGGAGUCUGGAGCCUGCAUCCUGCUGGAGGUUUUGCCAGAGAGCCAGUCCCUAACACACCUGUCCCUGAUGCACACUGGGUUGGGGGACCAGGGGGCCUUGAAGCUGGCUGAGAGGCUUCAGCAGCACACGGGGCUCCAGGAGCUCAACGUGGCCUACAACAACAUCGGAGACAACGCUGCUCUGACUCUAGUGGACGCCUGCAGGGAACACCCCAGCAUUCACACUGUGCACUUGUAUCUGAACCCUCUCAGUGAUGUGGGGAAACAGGCCCUGUACGUUAGAGGUGUUCCCAAGAGCCAGAGCGGUCUGAGGGUCAAGGUCCUGGCUUCAGUCACUGAGGGCUCAGACAUCUCUGAGAACUGGCACCCCAUUCUCAAUGUGAUACGAGAGAAUGCCUCGUCCUGGGACCGCCAGCGUGUCAAGCAGCAGCUUCAGGUUUUCCUCCGGGAUCUGGAGUGGGGCCGUCGGCAGCAGCAGAGCUUCUGGAAAAGGCUGCACUUCCGCAGGGUGGAGAAGGGUGUCCAACAGACUCUACACAUGCUGGAGAAGGACACUCUACCUCCAUCCACAUGAAACCGCAAAUAACCAAUAAACACCAAGAGUUGAAAGGGCAGUAUAUGUUUUCAGCAGCAUAUCAGGUUUAAAUCUGUGAGAAACAUCUGCAGCUGGUCUAAACUGGAGGUCCAGGAGAUACAUUUUCAUUAUUGUAACAGAGAAGACGUCAUUCAACAUUUACAAAGUAGCUUAAAAACAUCCCUGACUUUGUUUUAGGACUUCCUCAACUCAGAGAUUUCAAAACCUCUUCAGAGAGAUAAAACAUAGUACAUACAUAAUGUAACCCUGAUUCAGUCAGGACACUUGCAUCAAGGUUUUAACCAGUUAUUGCAUAUAUAUAUUAGGGCUGUCAAUCGAUUCAAAUAUUUAAUUGCAAUUAAUCGCAUGAUUGUUAACUCGCGAUUAUUAGCAAAUCAUUCGCCCAUUUUUUAUCUGUUCAAAAUGUACUUUAA